AUGCAAGGGGGCCCAUCAUCACCGCCUUCGGCGAGCCCCUGGGGGGCCCCUGGGGCCCCCCAGGGGCCCCCCAGGUUCGGGGGGUCGGGGGCCCCUAGAAGACGUUUGGUUGCGCUGGAAUUUGCAAAGCCGCCACCGCCUCCGCCUGCUGCCCCUGUCAGUGAGAUCGAGGGUUUUGAGGCCUUUCUGAUGGAUUUGCUGUCAACCGAGGCCCCACCACAGCCCUCCUCCUCCCCUCUUACUGACAAUGGCUUCUUUCCUUCAGCAGAAGCAGAGGCAGCAGCAGCAGCAGCAGCAGCAGAAGCAGCAGCAGCAGCAGAAGCUGCCGAUGCAACUGGGGGGGCCCCCUGGGCUUCCUCUCAUAUGAGCCCCCAAGGGGGCCCUCCGACGAAUGCCUGGGGGGGGCCCCCCACUCCCUUUUGCCCCCCCAUAUCUCCCCAGGGCCCUGUUCCGCUGCAGCAGCAGCAGCAGCAGCAGCAGAAGCAGCAGCAAAAGCAGCAGCAGGGGGACCCGGGUGAUCUGCCUGUGGAGGAGCAGCUGCAGCGGCUGCGUCGGCUUGCUAAGGCGAGGGGCCCCCGGGGGGCCCCCAAAGAAGGGGGGCCCCAACAAAAUAUGCAGUCAGAUAUACGAACAUAUCUUGUACCCUGCAGGCAGCAGCAACAGCAGCAGCAACAGCAGCAACAACAGCAGCAACUGCAGCAACAGCAGCAGCAGACAAAGCACGACUCGCAGCAGCCACCUCUGAAGCAAUCACAAGAAGCGCAAGAACAGCAGCAGCAGCAGCAGCAGCAGCAGCAGCAGGAGCAGCAGCAGCAGCAGCAGCAGCAGGAUUCGUUGAUGAUGUAUGGUUCUCUCUCACAUUCUGGUGAAGAUGAAAGUAUGCUGGAUGGAACAGCGCCACAGGGAGGGGGCCCCCCUCUGUCCUGCGACGAGGGGGCCCCCCUCUCUGCGUCUGAUGGGGGGCCCCCCCCCAGUACCCCCCGCAGCUCUGUCGUAUCUUUGAGUUCUUCUUUCUCCUCGCCUGAGGGGCCCCCCUCACCUGCUGACAGCAGUUCAGAAGCAGGAGCUGACGAGGCCCCCCAGGGGCCCCCCAUUGCCUCUCCCGCUGCACCGGCAGCGAAAGGCAACGCAAAGGGGGGCCCCAGGGGGGCCCCCCGCUCUGCUGCUGCUGCUGCAGAAGAAGGAGAGGGGCCCCUUGAGGGCCCCGAGAAGGGGGGUAGAACGAAGAAGAAGACAGCGAAAGAGAAAGAAACGACAAAGAAAAAGAAAAUAAACAAAGAAAAAACAGAAACAGCAACAAACAAAAAAAGAAACAAAAAGACAGUCGUAUUUAACCCCGUAGCCGCCUGGGAUGCACUCUGCCAACGCUGGAUGCACAGACCGGACGUGAAUUUUGUGUAUCUUUCUUCUUCUUUUUCUGUUUUCGUUUCUUCUCAUUUUCCUGUUUCUUCUGUCGACGCCCAUUCGGCUGCAUCGGGGCCCCCGUCCUCUCCCUCCUCCUCCUCUCCUCUGGGGGCCCCCGAGGGUAUAGGGGGGCCCCCUGAGGGUACGGGGCCCCCUGCAACUGUGCAGGGGGCCCCUGCGUAUGUUGCAGGGGGCCCCGUGGGUACUACGGGGUCCCCGGAUUGCGUAAGGGGGCCCUCCGACGGUGUGCUGGGGGGCCCUGAGGAUGCUGGGGGGGCCCCUGAGGGUACUGCUGCAUUGGGGGCCCCUGGUAGCGUUGGGUUUUGUGUUUGGGUUUGUUUGGUUGUGCUUGAGGACGGCAGCAUUUCCUCCCUCAGCAGCAGCAAACUGCAGGGGGGUCGAUUCAGCAGCAACGACUCCUUCAGAAGGCGAUUCCCCUCUCCUGUUGCUGUUCUUCUCAGUCGGGGCUGCAGCACAAACAAAAACAGCAGCAGCAGCAGCAGCAGCAGCAGCAGAAACGGCACACGCGGGGGGGCCCUGCAGCAAGCAGUCGAAGCCCUCAAACACCUCGCUGGGGGCCCCCCGAUGGAGUGGCAGCACUUCGUCAUUCCCCUGGCCGAGUUCGCGCUGCAGCACCUGCUCCAGCAGCAGCAGCAGCAGCAACUGCAGCAGCAGCAGCAGCAGCAGCAGCAAGUUGAAUUGGUGGAUGCUGCUGCUGUUUGGAGACUGUUAGAUGAUUUGCUGCUCUCAGGGGUUAGGGGGCCCCACCCGGAGGGUUUUGUGCUGCUGUGGAAUGCACAGGAGGCCCUCAGACCCCUUGUCGCCCGCAAAGCUGAAAUACCGCUCGGCUCCGCCUGGUUUCUGGACGUUUCUCUGAUGACGUGGCUGUGGGCCCCCGACAACCCGGAAAUUUCUGCUGCUGCUGCAGCACUGAACGCUGCAGCAGCAAAGUUGAACCUCCCGCAGCCAGUCGGUUUUGCGUCGAGUCUGGAUUUGGGGGUUUGUGAGGGUUUGAGUUUAAUGUGGCUGCACUCCAUCGAAGUUAAUUUAACCACAGCAAACGUCGCCGCCCGCUUGGCCCCCCACAUUCUCUCCCAAGGCCUCACCAGGGUUUUGGUGGAGCAAGAGGGGCCCGUGGCGCUCCUUCUGUCCCUCAUGGAGGCGACUGGCAUUGCCUUCGAUGAGGCCGCCCUCAAACCACACAAAGACAAACUGCAGGCUGAGCUGCAGCGGCUAUCUGCUGCAUGUUGUGCUGCUGUUGGCUUCUCCUUUUCUCCCUCCUCCCCGCAGCAAGUGGCAAACCUCCUUUACAACCGUCUAGGUCUUAGGGCCCCUCAGGGGGCCCCCCAGGGGGCCCCCCAGGGGGCCCCUCAAGGGGGCCCCCAGGGGGCCCCUGGGGAUGCUUCAGCUAGGGGUUUAGAGGCGGAGAAGGCUCGGCAGCUCAGCACCGAUGAAGCGGCGCUGCAGCUCCUCCCCAGCUCAGAGACGGUCCUCGCCGAGGGCCCCGUUGCGUUUUCUGUGCCGCCAGGGGCCCCCGGGGGGCCCCCCAGGGCCCCCAAGAAGCCGAAGGAGGCGAGUCGAGGGUUUAGGACCCCCUGGGCGUCUGCGCUAUCCCCUGAACAAGCAGAGCUGCCUCGGGUUUACUGCCGCUGGAACCAAACGCGGACGGUGACGGGGCGUUUGUCUUCUUCGAGCUGCAACAUGCAGACGAUACCGAAGGAGGCUGAGAUUGUGUUGGGGUGUACAGACAGCUCACGGGGAGAGGAAGUGCUGCUGCUCAACUGCAGAGAGGCAUUCAAACCCUCAGACCCAAACACACAAAUAUUCAUCUCCGCUGACUUCGCCCAAAUAGAAAUGAGAGUACUCGCUCACUUCUGUGUGGAGGGGCGUUUAAGGGGUUUGUUUAGCGAGGGUUUGGGCGAUAUAUAUCGACUGCUGGCGGCGGAGUUUUUCGGCUGUGACGUUGCUGCGGUGUCUGAUGAGCUCAGAGACAACGUCGGCGUCGAUACAUAA